AGGUCAGGACUCAAGGUCCGGUUACUCUCUCUCUCUCUCUCUCUCACAUCACGAUUUGAAUGUUCAAAAAAACCCAGCAAGGGCUUAGAGUUAUCUCCUUCGAUGUUUCGAUUCUGGCCUUCAUUCAUUAAUAUCCCUUCUCUCUCUUUUUUCUGAACAAUGCCUUUCGUCUCUCAUUUUCUCUCUCUAAAAGUUUUUGUGCUUUCUAUUUUAUUUUGUUUUUCUCUCUCUAGAUAGAUUUUGAAGAUCUGUUGUUAGAUUUUGUAAGUUGUGUGUGAAUUUAGCUGAAAGGCUAGGGUUUUUGCUCUCGUGAUCUUCGUGAAUCUUUUCUAUCUCUACUUGGAAGCACUUUCGAGGAUUUUCUCUCUGGAAUUUCCUUUUUUCUCUUUUGACUUUGUGUUUGUUGAAUGAGUGGAAAAUGGAGAGAGUUCGGCAAAAGAAGAAGUUGAAAGUUCCUAUCACCAAUGAAGGAAACAGGCAAACUCAAAAACAAAGAAGUGUACCAAAAUUGGCAUCAGACUAUAGUUCUUACAUUGGUGGUACCACCAAGGAAGAUUUGUUCACAUGCGAGUUGGGGAGGAGCUCUUCCAGACGAGUUAUUGGAACGCCAAUAAAGAAGUUAUUAGCAGAAGAAAUGUCAAAAGAAACCGAGUCCAAGAGACGGCCAGGUAGUGUCAUUACCAGAUUGAUGGGUCUUGAUGGGUUGCCACCUCAGCAGCCUCUUCAUAGACAAGAUAAGAGGUUCUCGGAAACUUACCGACAUAGGAGCAUAUCAGUAGUAUCCCAAAGGGAUGGAAAACCUUAUGAAUGCCGAAUGAAUAGGAAAAACUCCAUGGAGCAUCAAGAAUUUAAGGAUGUGUAUGAAGUUUUGGAAACAUCAGAAGUUGAUAGGGGAAGUCACCCAGCGAAGGGGACUGUAAAUCCAAGGUAUUCUGAAGCAGAGAUGGCAUUCAUUCGACGCAAGCUGAUGAAUGUGAAAUGUCUUUCUGCUGAUGAAACGCUUGAUGAUUCAAAAGAAUUUUGUGAUACGUUUGACAGGCUGGAUACUAACCAGGACCUAUUGAUGCAAUAUCUUCAGCAACAAGAUUCUUUGUUUGCAAAGCAUCUUUCUGAUCUGAAAGGUUCUGCUCCCAGAUCACAUUGCAGUCACAUAGCAGUGCUAAAGCCAACAAAUUCGGUAAACUAUGAAAGCAAUACCAUUGGCUGGAAAUCAGAGAAAGAGACUUCACGGUCUGACACUGGCUCUCAUUGGAAACAUCUUAGUAGUCUUUCUACCCACUCCUACAAUCAUCGUGGUGCUCAAAAACCUCUUAAGUCAUCAAAAAUUCAAUUAGAAGGGAAGCAUGAGACAGACAUCCUCCCAAAAAGGAUUGUUGUUCUGAAACCGAACCUUGAAAAGGUGCGGCAUGCUAGUAAAUCUGCUUUAUCACCCUCUUCUUCACAUUGUCAUGUGUUAGAUUCUAGGAAGCUCUUGGAAUACCCGAGUAUUGGCACUGGGGAGACAAGAGCAUGGGUUGAGAAAAAUAUAUCUAGUGAUGCUGCUUUUUCAAGGCUGAUGUCUAAAGAACCGAGAGAAAUAGCGAAGGAGAUUACUAGGAAAAUGAGAGAGAGCUUUUGCAGUGAUCCGAUAAAUUUGUCCUCCAUUAAGGGAUAUGCUGCGGAUGAGAGCUCAUAUAAUGUUUCUGGCAGUGAUUCUGCAAGUGAAUCAGAGGUGUCAAUGUCCAGAAAGUCCUUUCACUGGAGUAACCGGCAGAAGUUUAUGUCAUUGAAUUUAAUGGAGUCAUCUGUAAGUAAGGAGGCCAAGAAGAGACUUUCAGAGAGGUGGAAGAUGUCCCAAAAGUAUCAGGUUGUUGGAGAAGUUGGUAAGGGUAGCACACUGGGUGAAAUGCUUACCAUUCCAGAUAGGGAAAUGAGGCCAGAGAACUUGGAUCCAGUGAUUGAACUGGAUGAGCCAAGUGACCGAUUUGCUGGCAAUCAUGAAAUUGCAGAAUGGGAUAAUCCUUUGGGUAUUAGUAGCAGGGAUGGGUGGAAGGAUGGAUGUGUCAGAUAUUCAUCCAGAUUGAGAUUUGUUCCUGCUUCAUGUGUUGGCCCUAAAACAAGCAAGCAACGUCAAGCUCUUGACCAAUACAUUUAUUCAAUGCCAAGAGAAGCGAUGAAUUCUGGUAGAAACAAGGCAAUUAAGGGAAAUUUAAAUAAGAAAGAAGAUUCUUUAUCCAGAAACUUAAGAUCUGACAACAAGAAAUGGCAGUCCCCUUGCUGCACCUAUGGUGAUAUUAGUGACUCUUUGGAGGAAAAGCACUUUAAUCAGUUUCAAAUGGGGAUCAACCUUGGAAAGAAAGAUCCAUCUGGUCAAAAGUCUUUGGCUUCUGCUAAUAAUGUCAACAGUACAAGUUCGAUUACCGAUGUGGAGGUGGACGCUGAACAUGAAGAUAUGACCAUGUCUUCUGAAUCCCCUGAUGAACUGGCCUCAAAACUGUCACCUUGUUUGUUAGGAAAUGGAAAUUCUUCUACUCCUGGUCCAGAGGAUUCAAAAGCUCAGGAACCUCAAAUUGAACCAUCCAAAGAAGAUCCAGUUCCAUUGCGGUGCCCUGUACCUGAACCACCAUCUCCAGGUAGCUCAAAGGACGCAGAUCAUCCGAGUCCAGUGUCAGUUCUGGAAAUCCCUUUCACAGAAGAAAUAUCAUCUGGUUCUGAAUGCUUUGAGAGAGUCAGUGCAGACCUUCAAGGGCUUCGAAUGCAACUCAAGCUUCUCAAGAUGGAGUCUGGAGCAUAUACAGACGAGGGGAUGCUCAUGUCAAGUGACAAAGACGAUGAAAUAUUUGAAGAUGACAGCUUCGAAUGUUCUUACCUAAUUGAUGUGCUAAUCGACUCUGGAUUUGAAGAUGCUGAUCCGGAUAUGAUCAUUGCAACAUGGCACUCUCCAGAUUGUCCGCUGGGUCCCGGGGUAUUUGACAACCUUGAGAAGAAGUAUUGCAACGAGACAUGGUUGAGGUCCGAAAGGAGGCUGCUAUUUGACCUUAUAAAUACUGGGCUCGUUGAGAUUUUCCAGUGGUUGAUUAAUCCACACCCUUGGGUGAAGCUAUUGACAAGGAAGGUUGGUCCCCCCGAGUGGCAGAAACAUGGUUUGAAAUAUGAGGUGCGUGAUUUUCUGGAAAAUGAAGAGAAGAAAGCAAGAGAGGAGGUGACAGAGAGACUGCUGGACAGGGAGAUGCUGUGGCUGGAUUCUGGGGAUGGCAUUGACGCGAUAGGUAAGGAAAUUGAGAAAUUGUUGAUAGAUGACCUAAUAGCAGAGGUUGCAGAUAUGUAGGAUGUGAAUCAGAAACUGCAUUUUAGGUUAGGUGCAUGGAAAAUGAUAGGGUGUAGCAGAUGAUGAAUAAAAAGAUCAUUACAUCAUGAAAAUAAAUACUCAAAUGAUCACCAUGUAUUGACAUUUCUUUUUCUGAAAGUAUAGAUUGAAAUCCAGAUGUUGACUGAAAAUUGUAGAUGAAUAUAGGGGUUUUGGGAGUUUGAUUUUGUUUACUCACCUAACAUGUUCGUGAAUGUUA